AUGGUGAUCGCCAUUAAAGGAAAAGUAAUAAUGUGUCGGUAAUAUUGUACCUUACUCACAAUGUCCCAAUCAGACCUAAAUAUGAAAAUUAAGGAGGAGGCAAACGAAUUAGAAAACAGCCCAACGAGUUUACAUAGGCAUGUCCACAUUAAACAAGAGCCAGUUGAUGUUGCAGAAGACCGCAUUACGGAAAAGCAGGAACUUUACGCAAAUCAUGAAAUCAAGGAAGAAUUGGUCGUAGGACCUGUGGUGUUGCAGCCUGUUGAUUUAGUUCAAGAAAGAUGUGUGCAAAAUAAUUCUGAUGAAUUGAAUGUUGAUACUCGACCACACAAAUGUGAUAUUUGCACUAAAUGUUAUACAAGUAAACACCAUCUUAAGCGUCACAAAAUAACUCAUACUGGAAAGAAGCCAAGCCUAUGUGAACAUUGUAAUGAUACUUUUCCCUGUAAACCAAUUUGUAAUAAAAAUUUAAGCAUUGAAAUAGGAGAGAAACAUCAUAAAUGUGAUAUUUGCCACAAAUAUUUUACAAAAAAACAAGUGCUUAAAGCUCACAUGUUGACUCAUACUGGAGAGAAACCAUACAAAUGUGAUAUUUGCAAUAAACGUUUUGCAAGAAAAUAUCACGUUAAGUGUCAUAUAAUGGUCCACACUGGAGAGAAACCGUACAAAUGUGAUCACUGUGAGAGAUGUUUUGUCCGUAAAGUAGAUUGUGAAACACAUUUAAAAACUCAUACUGGAGAGAAACCAUACAAGUGUGAUAUUUGCCAUAAAUGUUUUAUAAGAAAACCGGAACUUAACACUCAUAUAAUGGUUCAUACUGGAGAGCGACCAUUCAAAUGUGAUCACUGUAACAAAUCUUUUGUUCGUAAAGCAGAUUGCGAAACACAUUUAAGAACUCAUACUGGAGAGAAACCAUACAUUUGUGAGAUUUGCAAUAAAUGUUUUACAAGAAGUUAUCAACUUAAGUGUCAUAAUAUGACCCAUACUGGUAAAAAACCAUACAAGUGUGAAAUCUGCAAUAAAUGUUUCAUAAGAAAACAUCAACUUAAGUGCCAUAUGAUAUCCCAUACUGGUAAAAAACCAUACGAGUGUGAAACCUGCAAUGAACGUUUUGGAAGAAAAUAUCAACUGCAGUGUCAUAUAAUGGCCCACACUGGCAAGAAACCGUAUGAAUGUGAAAUCUGCAAUAAAUAUUUUAUAAGAAAAUAUCAACUUAAGUGUCAUGUAAUGGCACAUAAUGGUAAUAAACCAUAUGAGUGUGAUAUUUGCAAAAAAUGUUUUACGGCUAACCAUGAACUUAAGCGUCAUGUAAGGGUCCAUACUGGAGAAAAAGUAUAAAAAUGUAAACCUUUGCUUUAAAAGAACUUGUAAAAAGCAUUUAAAGAUUCAUGCUGAAGAGGAGCUGUACAUUAAAAUGGGUACUUUAAUUGUGUUGUGAGAAUGUCCUAUUGUUGAACUGUUGAAUUUGCAAAUAUAUUGCAAAUUCAACAGUUACAUUGUAAUCAAAGUUUACUCUAUUGUACUGGAUGUUAGCUUCUAAAUCUCACUUAAUUUAUAGAGUCACGGCACGUUCCCAUUAUGUUGUAACGUUUUAUUUAUAUUGGACAACUGUCGCGUCUAGCCUGCUCUCAUUAUCACGACUAUCUGUCGUAACUAAGUUGUAUACGUUUAUUUUAUCGUUUAACGACUCGUGUCUAGCUGUUCCCACUUGAUCGCGACGACAGCCGCCUUGUCUUUUGCACGACAGAAUCGUUUGACGCUACGGUUAUCUGUCGUCACAUUUUUAUCGUGUCGUUUUUGUCGGCACGGCAAAGGAUUUUAUUUUUGAUCAAGUUAUUUUUAUCCUUAUUUCAUCGAGGUUAGAAUUCACAUUACUUUAUUUCGAUACAAUUAUACCGCGGCACGUCGUGGCAUGCCGUUUCAUUCCACAGACCUCCCGCAAGUCACGUCGGUCACAGAAUUAUGACAAUUAAACUAAUUGAAAUAAGGUUUGAAACUAGUGCGGCGGCGAUUUCGGCGAAUGGCGCGCAGCGAAUGUGCCGCGGCAUGCCGCAACGCGCUUCGGCAUGCCGCGACGCGCUUCGACGUGCCGUGCCGUGCCGCAACGUCAGUCUGCGCCGGCCUUAUCACGGCACCGUCUGGUCGUAACGUCAAAAAUGUCGUGAACGACUUCAUUUAAAUAUACAGGUUACGACACACUUUAAUCUGCACGACUAUCUGUCGUCACGACAUAAUGGGAUUGCACCCAAAAUAUGUUUAGUCAUAUUUUUAAUUGUAACAAACGAAAGGUACUAUAAUGCCACUAUGAAAAAUUAUGUUUAUUGUAUUAUUGCGAGUUUUGUUGAGUUCUCAAUUCAUCAUUCAGCCAUACGACGCCCACUGCUGGGCAUAGGCCUCCCCCAACGAUCUCCACGACGAUCGUCGGUCCACCUGGUGGGGGG